CUGAACCAAUGCCGGUAUUUCUGCAUGCCUCUUAGUUAUAUAAACAAACGUUUUGCCAGUGUUUUAUAUCACAACUCGUCUACCGCUUCGUUAGUAAAGAAGUCCAAAUCCCAAAACAAUCAAGAUGUUCAAACUCUUCGCUGUCUGCUUCUUGGCUCUCUUCGCUGUUGCUUUCGGUGCUGCUAAGCCCGGUCUCUUGGCUGCUCCAUUGGCUUACUCUGCCCCAUUGGCAUACUCCGCUCCAUUGGCUGCUGCCCCUCUUGCUCAUGCUUAUGCCGCUCCAGUCGCUGCUGCUUACUCCGCUCCCCUCGCCUACACCGCCGGAUAUGCUGGUUACGUUGCACCCUACGCCAGCAGCUACAAUGCUCACUCCAUCGCUCACUCCGCCGCUUUCCCAGCUGCCUAUGCUGCUCCAGUAGUCGCCGCCCCAGCCCCAGUGGUCGCUGCCGCCCCAGCUGUUGCUGUAUUGAAGAAAUAGAUAUUCAACAAGGAACAUUUUGUUACUGAAACUAUAAUGGACUGAUCCAACGCGAACUGAAUAAAAAAACAGGAACGAA